AUGUCUGCGAGAACCAUCAUCAUCGACCAUGGCUCUGCCUUUCUGAAGGCUGGCUUGUCGGGCUGGAAUGAGCCCCAGCUGGUCUUGCCCAGUGUUGUGAACUACAUCCCCUGCCGGGAGAACCCGGGCCCCAGCUACGCCCGGCGGCGUGUGAGUCUCGGCAUCGACAUCUGCCGACCCGACACCUUCAGCUAUCCCGUGCAACGGGGCCGCGUCAUCAACUGGGAGGGUGUGGAGCACAUCUGGUCAUUUAUCCUGGAGAAGCAUCGGCUGGAGCAUGGGGACUUCCCUGUGAUCGUUACAGAGAGCCCCCUGAAAGAGCCCACAGACCGUCAGAAGACCCUGGAGAUCAUGUUCGAGUUGCUGGAUGUGCCGUCCGUCCUCCUGGCCGACCAGCGGGAGAUGUCGCUGUACUCGUCCGGCCUGCUGACGGGCGUGGUGGUGGACUCGGGCUGUGGCCUGACCCGCGUGCAGCCCUUCCACCUCGGCCGCCCGCUGUGGCCCGGGGAGAAGACGCUGGAGUUCGCGGGCCAGGACCUCUCAGCCUAUCUCUUCAAGAGCCUCUUCAAGGAAGAUUACAAUCGCCACAACCUCUUCCAGCUGGACACUGUGGCCAGCACCCAGAUGAAUAAGUGCUACGUGCCGCAGAAUCUGGGGGAGGAGCUGGACUUCUAUCAGAGCCUGCCAGACGGCGCCGACAGGAGCAACAGCUACCAGCUCCCAGAUGGCACCCCCGUGGAGCUGACCGCCAUGCAGCGGCUGGCCCCCGAGAUGUUCUUCAGCCCCCAGGUGUUCAACCUGCAGGGGCCCAGCCUCCCCCAGGCCGUCGUGGAGUCCAUCGAGGCCUGCGAGCCCAGCCUGUGCCCGCUGCUCACCUCCCACGUGGUGCCCUGUGGGGGAAACACCCUCUACCCUGGCUUCACCACGCGUCUCUACCAGCUGGUGGCCAGCCACUUCUCCCCCACCAGGGCCUCCGUGUUUGCGGGUUCCAACAGGCACUUUAGCGUUUGGCUGGGAGCGUCCGUCGUGGCCCAUCUGUCGACGUACAAGUCCGAGUGGGUGACCAAGGCAGAGUACAAUGAGCGCCUCAGGCUGUGA